CACAGGUCUCCUGAUUUCCAGAGCCACAGAAAAACCCUGACAGCUUGAGUUGCACCUGCAAGACAGUUUUUCACUCCAAAAGUACUGAGGUUGCUGGCUGGAAUUCCCUUCUGACAGGACAUCCUCUUUGGUUAUUUCUUCUUUUGGGGUGAAAUAGAAACAUAGAGGAAAGAAAAUGUCGGAGCACAGCAGGAAUUCAGAUCGAGAAGAUCUGCUUGGUGAGGAGGUUGAUGAAGAUGAAAUCUUGGCUAACUUGUCCCCUGAAGAGCUGAAGGAACUGCAGUCAGAAAUGGAGGUCAUGGCCCCUGACCCCCACCUUCCUGUGGGAAUGAUUCAGAAAGAUCAAACCGACAAGCCACCGACAGGAAACUUCGACCAUAAAUCUCUCGUUGAUUAUAUGUAUUGGCAAAAGGCAUCCAGGCGUAUGCUGGAAGACGAACGCGUUCCUGUCACCUUUGUACAAUCUGAGGAAAACACCCAAGAGCUGCAUGAAGACAGAGACAGAGGUAUUAAAAAUGUGGCCCAGUUUUUAAAAGAAAGGCUCAAUAAUGAAAUAGCUGCAAGUAAAAGGGAGUCAAAAAGUGGCAACAGCAUACAAGACACAGAUGAUCAUAAUGAUGAGGAGGAGGAAGAAGAGGAAGAUGAUGAAGAUGGUGAAGAAGAUGAAGAGGAAGAUGAUGAAGAUGAUGGAGAAGAUGAUGGUGAUGUGACUGAUGAAACAACCAAAACAGAAGAAGAAAACCAAGCAAAGGAACAAAGCAGAAAUGGCAAGAACAACAGCCAACAAGUCAGUACUAAAACAUUGGAAGAACAGAGAGACAGGCCAGAGGCCCGAGAAAAAAGUGAGAAAAAAAUAGCAAAACUAGAUCCUAAGAAAUUGGCUUUAGAUACCAGUUUUCUUAAGAUAAGUGCAAGGCCCUCAGGGAACCAAACAGACUUGGAUGGGAGCUUGAGACGAGUGAGACAAAAUGACCCUGACAUGAAGGAGCUCAACCUGAACAACAUUGAAAACAUCCCCAAAGAAAUGUUACUGGACUUUGUCAAUGCCAUGAAGAAAAACAAACACAUCAAAACAUUCAGUUUAGCAAAUGUGGGUGCAGAUGAGAGCGUAGCGUUUGCCUUGGCCAACAUGCUACGUGAAAACAGGAGCAUCACCACACUCAACGUUGAGUCCAACUUCAUCACGGGUAAGGGCAUUGUGGCCAUUCUGAGGUGUCUCCAGUUUAAUGAGACCCUAACCGAACUUCGGUUUCACAAUCAGAGGCACAUGCUGGGCCACCAUGCCGAAAUGGAAAUAGCCAGGCUUUUAAAGGCCAACAACACCCUGCUGAAAAUGGGUUACCAUUUUGAACUUCCGGGUCCCAGAAUGGUGGUCACUAAUCUGCUCACCAGAAAUCAGGAUAAACAAAGGCAGAAAAGACAAGAAGAACAAAAACAACAGCAACUAAAAGAGCAGAGAAAGUUAAUAGCCAUGUUGGAGAAUGGGCUGGGGCUGCCCCCUGGGAUGUGGGAGAGGUUGGGAGGCCCCAUGCCAGACUCCAGAAUGCAGGAGGUCCUCCAGCCACCUCCAGGGCCCAACCUCCAAGCAGUCCCCUCCAGCCGAAGAAAUGAAAUGACAAAAAAGCCAUCUCAACCUCCACAGUACAAGACGGACCCUGACUCCUUCAGGGUGGUGAAGCUGAAGAGAAUUCAACGCAAAUCUCGCAUGCCAGAAGCCAGGGAAGCACCCGAGAAAACCAACCUCAAAGAUGUGAUCAAAACGCUUAAACCAGUGCCCAGGAAUAGGCCCCCCCCACUGGUGGAAAUCACUCCCAGAGAUCAGCUCUUAAAUGACAUUCGUCACAGCAACGUCGCCUAUCUGAAACCUGUGCAACUGCCAAAAGAACUGGCCUAAGAGGCAACAGAAUCAUCUAGAAGAACAAGGGGGUGAAACAGUGACUCUUGGACUGGGCAUGGAAGCUAUUUCAGCAGCAGCAACACUUCUGGAUACAGGAGGUGGACUGGCAACAGGGCUAACAUGUGAAACAUGGAAUUCUUAUGCCAUGACAAAAUACAAACAGAAGAGGAAGGGGGAGGAGAUAAAAAAUUAAUAUUCAUAGGCAACAUUUUUCUACUUCUAAUCAAUUUGCGUAAUUGGGUGAAAUUUAGCUGUGCUUCCAGAAGCAAAAGUUGAGAUUUAUUUUGUAAACAUUUACUUUCCUAUUGCUUUCUUCUGGUAAAUGACAAUAAAUAUGACGGCAGUGUAAAGUACUCAUUAUAUUCCUAUUUCUUUCUCUUCCCACUCCUCUGGUGUAAUUCACUGCACAGUAUUUUAAAGGGAAUAAAGCAUGUUUCAGCCUAAGGAAAUAUGGAGAGUGAAUUGAACUCCUAGUCCUGCCAAAGCUUCAAAGUAAAGGAUGGUUUGUUAGCUCUUCUCUGAAGAGUGAGUGGAGAUUUCUCCCUUGAUGUUUUAGGGUGUUCUUCUGAUAGGAGUAUCUGGGAGAAACAGAACACUUUAGCUAUAGGACAUGGAAAAAACAAUGUUGCCAGAAAAAGUGGUGAGAAAAGUAAAUCCUUCAUAUACAUGGAAACUUCUGGACAGUGUUUCUAUAUAUAGGGACAAUGGAUGAUAACAUGCUGUUUUAUAAGGGAAAAAAUGGCAGAAUAAAUAAUAUGAUUAUUGACAAAUUUGGGGGUUUAUCUAAAUAGAUGUGUGUUUGUACAUACAGAUGCACACACAAAUAUUUAUAUAUAUUUUUAGCUUAAUCCGUGAGUCUAAUUUGAUCUUGUUCUCAGAAGCCCUGUGAAGGAAGCUUGUCUGGAUUAAACUCCUUAUCCUAUUCUUCAGGGUACGCCAUUGCCUGGCCCCAAUGUACUAAUCCAGUGUUAGCCCUUGCAAAUCCUUCACUCCUCUUGAUAAAACACUGUCCUGCAUACCCUAUGCUCCUGCUCUCUCUGACCUUUCCACAGAACCCGCCAACAGACUCCCUCCUGCCCUCUGUGAAGGCCUGGUCCAAUCUCAACAAAACCGUUCUGACACUCUAACCCACAUUCUUUUUCCCUUCCAAGGGCCCAGAGCCCUCAGUUAUGUUCUAGAAUUUGAGGUUUUGUAAUAAAAAUCUCACAAAAUAAAAGCCAUCACUUUUUGAAGUGAUAUGAACCUAGGAUUUAGGAAAUCAAGGUGUAGAGCCUUUUCCCUUCUUUACAUGCAUGAAUAAUUGGCCUUCUUUUUCCUUUUAUAGAAUCAUAGGUGAUACAACAGGCAGAGCAGGCUGGGAGAGAAUUCUCUAAUGGGGACAAACGUAAAGCAACAUAUUUCUUGGAAGAACAAGCCACGAGAAAUACUGUUUCUGUUUUUCAAAGAUAAUUUAGUGUGUAUAAAAGUAGCCAAAUUUAAAUAUUUACAUUCUCCACCAAGUUAGUAAUUUAAAAAUAACCAACAACUGAUGGCUUUGUCUUUUCCUACUGUGAUAUUUCUAGAAAACAUUCUUGCAUGCAAGCAGGAUAGUUAAGAACGGGUUACAAUACAUAAAACUUUUAAGUGUCUAGCACCAUUCUGAAUCUAAGAGAUCAAACUCUGACAAGAAAAUGCACUCUGAUCAUAUUCAAAAACUUCAUGUAUAUUAGUAGUUGAAGUUCUAGAAAGCCCUAGGUGUUUGUUCAGCCACAGUAUCAAUAAAGGCAGGAAUUUCAAAAAGUAUCAGUAGUCCUGAAAGAGAAUUUGAACCCUGUACUCAAAAAAAAAAAAAAAAACCCAAAAAAUCCAUUCAAUUUCAUGGCUUACUGUCACAGAUUUAGCCAAGAGUGGGGAAGUGUCUCACAUCAUGGUUUUUCUGUCCACUGCUCACACCAAAGAUCUUAGGAGAAGAUUUGCAAUUGUUUUUAAAAUGUAAUAUUAAGAGCUGGAGGCGUGGCUAAAGUGAUAGAGCUCCUGCCUAGCAAGCUCUGAAUUUCAA